AUGGCAUGGGCCAAUUUAUCAGGAAAUUUAAAAUUUAUUCUCAUGGACGAGCCCAAAUUGAUGCCGAAAAAGCUAUUUGGCGGAGCUCUCCAAGUUGCUCUUCCCUCUGGCUUUAUCGAUGCAAGCCAGUUUAGACAGAUACCCGACCACCAGGAGGUAUAUCUUUCACAGGAUUCCGAAACGUCGAUUAUUGUUGAAUUAUUGGAUCCGCUUGUCGAGCAAAAGAAUGCCAUGCAUGUGCUUGACAGCCACUUCCAGAUACUUGCAGAGGAUAAUUCAUGCUCUUUUUCAUUGAUUCUCCAAAAAGACCUUGAAUUGAACAUUUUGCUUGGGGUCCAGGCUGUCCCAAAGUUUGGAAAAAAGACCGAUUUCAUCCUGGUGCUUCUUUCGGUUCGGUCGCUUGAGGCCCCAUAUAACACUGACAUCGUUACUUCGAUGAAUGUAAAUAUUUUAUCGGAUCCCCUUUUUUCAACAACAUUACCCUCGUCAAUUGGCGCAUUGGCAGAAUUAAAUUCAAACUCAGCUUUGCAAAGCUUGACAGCACAAACACCUUUUAAGCGGAUUUCAGAGAAUGCCUUCAGCACCUUUUCACGCAUUUGCCAAUCUAUAGAGGUGCUUGAUUAUUCAUUGUUUCAAACACAAUAA